GGUGGGCCUGAGAGAUAACACCUCCAGGCUGAGGCCAGAGACGGACGCUGUCAGUCGUUUUGAGAGGUUCUCUCGUGCUGACUUGGCGAGCCAGUUCAUGAUCUCAGGAUGUAUGAAAAAAUAAUCAUUGCACUACUGUUGUCAGGUUAUAUUUCUACCUCCUCUGCCGAAGAGAUUACUCAAACACCAGCACCAGCAACGGCCACCAUACCCCCAUCCCCGCCCAGCCAUAAUGCGCAAACAAAAGCUCCGGAAUCUGCUGUUACUAUAAGCCAUGCCCACCCAGGAGGAGAAAGAGAACCAAGAAAACAAAUUGACCACAUCUUCUCAGAACCAGUGAUAAUAGGCAUUGUUUUUGCGGCGAUGGCUGGUAUCAUUGGAACUAUCCUGUUAAUUUCUUAUGGUAUUAGCAGACUGAGAAAGAAAAGUUCAUUUGAUGUCCAAACUUCCUUCUCACAGGAUAAAAAUGUGCCUCUAAGUUCCGUUGAAACAGGAAAUGCAGAAUAAUAAUCUAUGAGAAACAACUCACCAAGCCAAAUUUUGAAAUAAUUCAAAGAAGACAGAAGACUUCAGUCAAGUGGAAGAAGAGCAUGUGAAUUGGACACUAAUAAAUCACAGACCUGCUGAUGUUGUACAAUUUGGGGAUGCAAAUCUCAUCGUGAUGGAUUCCAGAGACACAACCAUGGAAAACCAAUUUCUGCUCAUUCAUAUUUCAGGAUAAGGAACAAAUAUUUCCUUACAUGCUAACUUUCAUGUUUGUGUAAUUUUUAUAAUUAAUUGAUUAAAAAUUCUGAUCCAAAAUAUCUGUUGAAUUCAUCUGCUGUUUCUCAAGACUGACUUCUAUUGUAUUUCUAUGAUGGUGCUGUCAAAUGAAGGUUUGUAACAACUAAAUGAAACCAAAGUUCUCUUCUCUUCAAAACUUCUGGGUCUGUUUUUAUUGUUUUAAAUAAAUUAAGGGAAUAUUGAAGUCCUACAUUCAUUUCCUUCAUUGCCGAAUGGGAAAUGUAUGGUGUUACAGUAAUGCUAUUUUCUUCACAUUAAUAAAACUUGGAAAUUAUAUAUAUUUUUUAUUUAUAUAUAAUGAUACCCCCAUUUAUUAUUUAAUGUGUCAAUUGUCACAAAAGCUCUUUUCCCAUUAAAAUGUGAGAUGAUUCAUAUACAAAAAUGGUCCUUUAAAAAUAAUUUGUCUGAAAGUGGGGCACUUCCUCCUUCAGGGAGCUGACUGAGCCAUAAAUGUCUAAAAAGAAAUUUAUUGAAGUAGUUAGGGUAUCCUGCGAAAGAAAAUAAUUAAUAACCUUUCUAUGCAAAACAAACUGAAUGCAAAAAAAAA